AUGUUGAUGGAAAGAAAGAAAAAGAAAGUACUCGAACAGGCAAGAGAGCUAAGCGAAAGAAAAGAGCAGCAACAAAAUAGCCAAAACGUCGUGGCUCGAAGCAAGGAGCUUGGACGGCAAAUCGACGAAAAGGACCAGCAACUUCUCGUACUAGUUGACGAAAUCGAAACAGCAAUGAAGGAGGCACUCGAAGAGCUCAAGGGUGAGAUGGAUCAUCUGAAGGAGCAAAUUGCAGCCAAGGAAGUGGAACUGGGGGACCACAAUGACUUUGGAGUGCGAGACAUGUUGCGAGCAGAAUUGAAUCAGCUCAAGGAGGACCUGGUGCUAAAGGAAGAAGAAACACGCGAAAUCGACAACCAUCUGGGAAAACGCUUCGGCGCCAUUGACGCGUUGAAGUCUGACAUCCGCCAAUUGAAGACUGAUCUUGAAGCUGCGGAGGGAGCUGACUAUAGCAAUGUCGCCGCAGAUGUCAGCCACGAAGAAGUUAGACAAGCUCCGAACAGAAGUCAACAACCUUCAAAGUGA